UGUAACGGCAUGGAAACAUUAAUCUCUGAAAUGGUCCGAGUAAUGUGAGCAUAACCGAUGCUGAUUGCUCACACCUCUAUUUCUUCGCCUCUGGAUCAGAUCCCCCCAAUCCCAGUUUCUUCAUCUUCUUCUUCUUCAUAACAUGACUAGAAUACUUUCUCUCUCUCUCUCUCCGAGCUUACAAGGGUAGUUAGUGAAGAAGAAUGGUAGUACUUCUUGUUCCUCUACCCUUGUAACGCCAAACCAACCAAAAACAUAACAUAACCAAUGUUCCAUUUCCACAUACAACAACAUUCAUUGACAAUCCAAUAACGCCAAUAACCCCCCCUUUUGGCCUUUGUUUUGUUCCUCGCAAUCCCUCCAUUAUUUUCCCUUUGGAUUGGGAUUGGGUGUUGUUGAGUCAAAAUCUGUUAACCUCACCCAGAUGCAGACUCUGGGUUUGUUGGUUGCUCCUGUUCUCGGUUUCUACCUGAGGUUCCUUCGUUUCUCUCUUCGCUUCCUUCUUCUCAUGUUCAUGGAUUUCCCUUCCACCUUCAAGUUCAUCACGCAAGCCAGUGAACUCGGUUGUGGCUUCCUCCUCCUCGGUUACUUCUCGCGCCUCUUCAACUUCCUCGGCCUCCUCUUGAUCUUCUUCUUCUGUCUAAAGUUUCUCCGCUCUCCGCUCCUCAUCUCCAACCACGAGAAAUCGUCGUCGUCGUCGUCGAGAGACGACAAUUCGAAUUCGAAGGAGGAGGAGAAUUUGUUCAGAGAGGAGAGUUUGGAGGACGAGGUGUUCGACGUAAUGUCGCUCAGGAGGAUGGUGAAGGAGGAGCGGCAGCGGUACAACGCGGCGUGCGCGGAGAUCGAGCAGGAGCAGGGGGCGGCGGCGUCCGCGGCGGAGGAGGCCAUGUCCAUGAUUCUGCGGCUGCAGAGCGAGAAGAGCGCCGUGGAGAUUCAGGCCAAGCAGUUCCAGCGCGUGGUGGAGCAGAAGCAGGAGUACGAUCUCGAGGUCAUCGAGUCGCUCCGGUGGACGGUGGUGCAGGUGGAGUCGCAGAAGAACCUUCUAGAGCGUCAGUUAGGGGUUUUGAGAGAGAGGCUUAGACAGUUCGUCAAUGAUCAAGAGAUACAGCAGCUUCAAGAACAAGAACAAGAACAGGAACUCCAAGGCACAGCCAGUGAUGAUGAUUAUUAUGAUGAUCAUGAUUAUGAUGGUAAUGAUGAUGAUGGUGAUGAAGAUAGCAGUGGAUUCUUGAAUUUCUCUAUUGAAUAUGAUGAUGCAGAUGCUUCUUCUUCUAGAAAUCACUCACCCCCACACACACCACAGCACUUGUAAGUUUGCAUGCUCAUCCACAUGCACAUGGACAUGGACAUGGUUCCUCAAUGAAAAAUGCCUUUUUUUGCCUUUCUAUUGUAAAUUGUAUUUAUUUAUUUGUUUGUUUUAUUCACAAUGUUGGUGAAAAGCUACACAAUAUGUGUUAAUAAUGCGUGUGUCUGUUGUCAUGGUGGGGAUUGGAAUAGGUUUAAAGUUGGUUCAGGUUUACUACACUAAUUGUUCUCACUUGACAGGGCAAGUAUUUGACCAAGGUUUUAAAUUGUGAUACGGAGGAGAUAAUUUACAA